AUGCGCAACCGUCUGCGGGGCUGUGGCCCGGGAGAGCGGCCGGCGGCAGGGUUUGGCACGGGAGAUGUCGGCCGACCGGGCAGCAAGAGGCAGCCUCACCUGCCCAGGUUAAGCAGCCUGUCUUCCCUGGGUGAUUCCUCUUCAGAGCGGAGGUCUCCUGGGCACCACCGCCAGCCCUCCGACUCCUCCGAAACCACAGGUCUGGUCCAGCGCUGCGUCAUCAUCCAGAAGGACCAGCAUGGCUUCGGCUUCACCGUCAGCGGGGACCGCGUCGUCCUGGUGCAGUCGGUGCGGCCAGGGGGGGCGGCCAUGAGAGCUGGGGUGCAGGAGGGGGACCGGAUAGUCAAGGUGAACGGCACGAUGGUGACCAACAGCUCUCACCUCGAAGUGGUGAAGUUAAUCAAGUCAAAAAAAACCCCCCUGGGCUCUCCCCCUCCUUCGGUGGGACUCUCAAGUUCUCAGCAAGACGUGAGCACGGCGGGGGCUCCCCGCGUCACCCCCGUCUGUCCCCCACCACCUCCCCCACCACCUCUCCCUCCACCGCAGCGCAUCACCGACCCCAAGCCCCUGCAGGACCCUGAAGUCCAGAAGCACGCGACACAGAUUCUCCGCAACAUGCUGCGGCAGGAGGAGGCAGAGUUACAGCGCUUCUACGAGGCGUACAGCCGAAACCCUGCCACCGUGGUGGAGGAGCAGAUCGAGGGAGCGCGCCGGCGGGUCAGCCAGCUGCAGCUCAAAAUCCUCCAGGAGACCGGUGGCUCCAUGGAUUCGGGGCGGCUGUGCGGCGACUCCAGCUUGGCCGGUUUCAGGGUGAUGGAAGGACGCCUCUCCCUGGACUCGCAGGACGGUGACAGCGGGUUGGAGUCUGGGACAGAGCGGUGCCCUUCCGUGAGCGAGAUCUCCCUGAACCGCAACUCCGUCCUCUCUGACCACGGCCUGGACAGCCCGCGAACCUCCCCGGUCAUCACCGCCCGCCUUUUCCAGCACCAUCGCCGGCAGGGCUCUGACACCUUUGCCCCCUCGGCCGAGCAGGGCUUGGACCGGACAGGACGACCCCUCAUCAUCGGGCCGGAGGAGGAUUGUGACCCAGGAUAUUUCAAUAACGAGUGCGACUCCCUCUUCCAGGACCUGGGCAAGCUGAAAUCCCGGCCGGCGCAUCUGGGCGUCUUCUUGCGCUACAUCUUCUCCCAGGCGGAUCCCAGCCCUCUGCUCUUCUACUUAUGCGCGGACGUUUGCCAGCAGACCACCUCCAAGGAUUCUCGGGUCUUGGGGAAGGACAUCUGGAACAUCUUCUUGGACAGGAACGCGCCUCUGCGAGUGAAAGUGUCUGAGCAGCUCCUGGCUGAGAUCGAGACUCGCCUGCGGAACGGGGACGAUGUCCGAGCCACCCUCUUUGAAGCUCAGGAGAUGGUGAUGCCUGAGAUACAGGAGCAGAUCCAGGACUACAGAACAAAGCGCACCAUGGGCCUGGGGAGUCUGUAUGGGGAGAACGACCUCUUGGACCUGGAUGGGGACCCCCAGAAGGAGCGGCAAGUGGCCGAGAAGCAGCUGGCCCAGCUGGGCGACAUACUGUCAAAAUAUGAAGAGGACAGGAGCUCCCCCAUGGCCUUUGCCCUCAGCACGUAUAUGAACCACACAGGCAUCCGCAGCCGGGAGCCCCGGGUGGCCGGCACCAGUGAGAAGGCACAGUCCCUCCCAGACAGGGACAAGUGGCUGCCCUUCUUCCCCAAGACCAAGAAGAGCAGCAGCGCGAAGAAGGACAAGGACGCUAUGGAAGACAAGAAGCGCAACCCCAUCCUCAAGUACAUUGGGAAGCCCAAAAUCUCCUCCCAGAGCACAUUUCAUGUCCCUUUGUCCCCUGUUGAAGUCAAACCCGGCAAUGUGAGGAACAUCAUCCAGCACUUUGAGAACAACCAGCAUUACGAGAGCCAGGAGCCCGGCACCCAGCGUCUCUCCACCGGCAGCUUCCCCGAGGACCUGCUGGAGUCAGACAGUUCCCGCGCUGAGGUCAAGCUGGGCCGCUCGGAGAGCUUGAAAGGCCGGGAGGAGAUGAAGAAAUCCCGGAAAGCAGAAAAUGUGCCACGGUCCCGCAGCGAUGUGGACAUGGAUGCCGCAGCCGAGGCCACAAGGCUUCACCAGUCGGCAUCGUCUUCCGCUUCCAGCCUGUCCACAAGGUCGCUGGAAAAUCCCACCCCCCCCUACACGCCGAAGAUGGGACGCAGGAGCAUCGAGUCGCCCAGCCUGGGUUUCGGUGUGGAUCCCUUCCUGCCUCAUCUCCUGGAGGACGAGCAGGGGCAGCUGUCCGACCUGGAGCCCGAGUUGGACUCCCAGAACUGGCAGCACACGGUCAGCCGGGAGCUGGUGGCCAACCUGCCGCAGAAGGAGAUUGACCGGCAAGAGGUGAUCAACGAGCUCUUUGCCACCGAAGGGUCUCACCUCCGCAUCCUCCGAGUCCUUGACCUCCUCUUUUACCAGCGGAUGAAGAAGGAGAGCCUGCUGUCCCGGGAAGAGCUGGCGCUCCUCUUCCCCAACCUCCCUGACCUGAUAGAAAUCCACAAUUCUCUCUCCGAAUCCAUGAAGAAGCUCCGGGAAGAAGGACCAAUCAUCAAAGAAAUUGGGGAUCUCAUGCUGUCUCGGUUCGACGGCACGGCUAAAGAGGAAAUCCAGCAAGUGGCUGCUGACUUCUGCUCUUACCAAUCCAUCGCCCUAGAGCUGAUCAAAACCAAGCAGCGCAAGGAGACCCGUUUCCAGAUCUUCAUGCAGGAAGCAGAAAGCAAUCCGCAGUGCCGGCGCCUGCAGCUCAAGGACUUGAUCAUCUCUGAAAUGCAGCGCCUGACCAAGUACCCGCUGCUGCUGGAGAACAUCAUCAAGCACACCGAGGCGGGUACCUCAGAGCACGACAAGCUGUGCCGAGCCCGGGACCAGUGCCGGGAUAUCCUCAAGUACGUGAACGAAGCGGUGAAGCGAGCAGAGAAUCGGCAUCGGCUGGAGGGCUACCAGAAACGCCUGGAUGCCACCUCGCUGGAGAGAACCAGCAACCCGCUGGCUGCUGAGUUCAAGAGCCUGGACCUCACCUCCCGGCGCAUGAUCCACGAAGGGCCCCUCACCUGGCGCAUCAGCAAGGACAAGACUGUGGACCUGCACGUGCUGCUCCUCGAGGACCUCUUGGUGCUGCUGCAGAAGCAGGAUGAGAAGCUGGUGCUCAAGUGCCACAGCAAGACGGCGCUGGGCUCUUCGGACAACAAACAGACCUUCAGCCCCGUCCUCAAGCUCAAUUCGGUGCUCAUCCGCUCCGUGGCCACAGAUAAACGAGCCCUCUUCAUCAUCUGCACGUCAGAGUUGGGACCUCAGAUCUAUGAGCUGGUGGCUCUGACGUCUUCCGACAAAAACGCGUGGAUGGAGCUACUGGAGGAGGCGGUGCAGAGUGCCACGAGGAACGCCACUUUCCCCCCUAAACGCCGGACGCCGGAGCCCACCCGUGCAGCACCCUCCGGCCUGGUGUUACAGGACCCCGACAUCUCCCCCAUCCUGUCCCGAGGUGCCGGCUCUGGAGCAGAGGCAGAAGAUUGCUCCUCAGCAGACGACAAUCCCACCGCGCUCCUGGGUGAGGAGAAGCCCGCAGCAUUGCUGGAGGAGCCGGUGAGCAGCGAGGUGGAGGAAGGGGAGGAAGAGCUGCCCGUAGCCCCGCUGCCCACCCCCUCGCUGGGACUGGGGGUCUCGCUCCCCGCUUGCCUGC